AUGAACGCCAACACCAAUGAUACUCGUAACUUCAUUCUGCCACUGCCACCACCACCACCACCGGCGGGAUCAAGCGGCGCUAGCGAUGCUACGGCUACUUUCCAGCAGCGGCAUAUGGUAGGAGGCGUCCUCAAGCCUCAGUGUUACCCCAAGAAAGUAAGAAGAAAGAGUAGUAAAGUAAAGCACAUGGACAUGGACCCCCUUGGCGGUGGCACUACAAGCAGCAAGCAGCCCAAAUAUCCAAAGAAGCCGCCGCUGACGCCGCCAGACCCGGAUGCACCAAAGAUCGCGAGGCCGUGUAGCGAGUGCGGUAAGAAGUUCUGGUCAUGGAAGGCCCUGUUUGGGCACAUGCGCUGCCACCCGGAGCGGCAGUGGCGCGGCAUUAAUCCUCCACCAAAUUUCAGGCGACCUUCUCCUUCUCCUUCUCCAUCACACUGCGGCUACGAUCAGAGUAGUUUCAGUACAUGGCCUCCUCAUCAUGAUGAUAAUGAUGAUGAAUGUGGGCUUAAGCCGCAACAGGAGGCGAUUGGGGUAGGUUUUGGCAUUAGCUGCUGCAGUAACAGUGAUGGAGGAGGAAGAGGAACAAUAAGAGAAGAAGAUGAUGAUGAGAUGAUGAUUAACAUACAUAAUCAUCAUCAUCAUCAACGUCACACUUGUAGCAUCUGUUCCAGAGUUUUCUCCAGUGGUAGAGCCUUGGGUGGACACAAGAGGUUCCACUGCAGCAGCAGGGAUAGAGGAGGAGGAGGAGGAGGCAAUAAUCACAAUAUCCUCUGCUCUUCUUCUUCUACCAAUAACUAUUUGGACUUCAACUUGAACUUGGUCCCAACAACAACACCUGCUCCCGCUCCCCAGGAUCGUUCUUCUUCUGCUUCCCCCCUCCCCACUUUGGAUUUAAGCUUGGGACUUUGA